AUGAGCGACUUAGUUCUCUAUGAGCUGCCUGAUCUUGGGGCUAUUCCGGUUAGUGAGGAUAAGUUUGGGUUCCGAAGUAUUUUCUUUUGGGUUACAGUAGUGGUAGCAGUAUACUCAGCCUGGACCAUUGCUACUCUGUUCUGGGAGCAGAUUCCCGAUCGUCUAUCGUCAAGGGUUACCGAGCUUCGCAGAAAUUCGACAAAUAUAAUUCUUGGAACCACAGACGUGUUUACGGGUAAUGCUGAAAUUGUGAGACCAAGGUCUGAAGAUGCUGUACUGAAAGGCGAUGUCGUGUAUAUCGCGGAGCCCACCUCCGACAAUAUCAAGAAAAAUCAAGGCCUUAUUUACUUUUCUGGUAGUUCGGGUAUAGCCCCGGACAAUCGCGCCCUUGCAGAUGAAUUUGCCAGGGCCGGCUAUAUCACUGUAGUUAUUAACUAUUGGGGCAAGCAUCAGAAGAUAGGUCAAAAGAUAGAAGGUCACGGCCCAUGGGAGACCAGGGAUCCUAAGAGCGAGCCAAGUGAGAGAAAACGAGCCUCCAUGAUCAAGAACGCCUUGGAUUACCUUCGUCAUAACCGAAACUGUACCCACGUCGGUGGAGUGGGAUACAGCGGCGGUGCCCUCCCACUCAUGAAUUUGAUCCAAGAGCGUCCUUGUCGUAUCGAAGCCGCUUUCAUGGCUCAUCCUGGGCGUAUGAAAACAUCAGCAUAUGGAACGAUCCAAACACCACUAUCUCUUGCUCAGGCAUGGGACGAUCGAUCGGUCGACCGCAGAGAAGGAUGCUAUCAAGUCGGGCAGUUGCCACCAAGAGUUCCUUGGCAAAUGAACUUGUUCUCGGGUGUUGAGUAUGCGUUUGCUGUCAGAUUGCCAAGCAAAGGUCAAAUGAGUAGAGAUGAAAUCUACGCAAAGCGAGCUGCCUUUUCUCAAGCAGUAAUGUGGUUCGGAACCUAUAUGCCAGUCGGCGAGAAGAAGUUGGAGUACGACGUCUGA